AUGGCAGACGAUUCACCAAGCCCAGAAGACCAAGGCGCGGCAGAAUCAAAAUCGGGGAAAAGGGAUGCCUUCGCCGAGCUCCUCGCCCCUAAACUCAAGCACGCAAAGUACGCAAAAGACGGCCCUUCCAAAGAUUCAUCAAACAAGAGAGCCAUCGGUGGCCCGCGCGACGGCUUGGGCGCCUAUAUCGCAAAACCGGAAUCUUUCCCUUCCAGUGUCGUUGUAUAUUACAAUGAGGACUUCGUCGCGAUUCACGACCUUUUCCCAAAAUCAACUCUCCAUCUACUUCUACUUCCGCGGGAUGCUUCCAAAACCCGUCUCCAUCCUUUCGAAGCGUUCGAAGAUCCCGAGUUUCUGAAAAAAGUGAAAGAAGAGACAAAAAAACUUCGAUCUUUAGCCGCGGCUGAGCUCAGACGAAGAUAUGGGAAAGGCUCCGCUCAAGAUAAAGAGAGGCAAGAGGCGCUUAGUGCAGAUCCUCCUCUGGAUGAACUGCCGCGGGGACGAAACUGGGAACAAGAGAUCAUGUGCGGAAUCCAUGCGCAUCCGUCUAUGAAUCAUCUACAUAUCCAUGUUAUCUCGGUGGACAGGUACAGCGACCGACUGAAACACAAGAAACAUUACAAUAGUUUUUCUACGCCGUUCUUCGUCCCUAUCGAUGAUUUCCCCCUGGCGCAAGACGAUGUUAGGCGACAUCCUGGUAAAGAGGGCUAUUUGCGACGAGAUUACACAUGCUGGCGUUGUGGGAGGGAAUUUGGGAACAAAUUUUCCGAGUUGAAGAUACAUUUAGAGAAGGAGUUCGACGAGUGGAAGCGCCUGUAA